AUGGCCUCCUCCGCGGGCGUCCGCCGCACGAACUCGUCCUACUUCGAGGGCGCGCCGAAGCAGCAGUACCCCACGAGCGCGUCGGACUACGUCGUGCACGAAGAGAUCGGCCGCGGCGUGAGCGCGAAGGUGUACCGCGCGGAGUGUCUUCCGCUCGGGGAGACGGUCGCGGUGAAGAUGCUCGACCUCGAGGACCAAGACCCGGGGCACCUCGAGGAGAUCCGCAGGGAGGUGGCGUCCAUGUCCAUGGUGUCGCAUCCGAACCUCGUGAUCUCGCACUGCUCGUUCGUGGAGGGGCAGUACCUCUGGGUCGUCAUGCCGUUCCUCAGCGGCGGCAGCGCGCUGAACAUCAUGAAGUGGUCGCACCCGAAAGGCCUGGACGAGGUCAGCAUCGCGACGAUCUUAAAAGAAGUCCUGAAAGCCCUGGAUUACUUUCACAGGAACGGGAACAUCCACCGGGACAUCAAAGCCGGGAACAUCUUGAUCGAUAACAACGGCGCCGUGAAGAUCGGCGACUUUGGCGUCUCCGCCGCGUCCUGGGGCUCGGGCGCGAAGCCGCACAGCACGUUCGUGGGGACGCCGUGUUGGAUGGCGCCCGAGGUGAUGGAGCAAGUCACCGGGUACGACUCCUCCGCGGACAUCUGGUCGUUGGGGAUCACGGUGUUAGAGCUGUGCCACGGGCACGCGCCGUUCGCGAAGUAUCCGCCGAUGAAGGUGCUUCUGAUGACGCUGCAAAACCCGCCGCCGCAGUUGGAGGCGGAGCAAGCGGAGAGCGGGCAUCACUUCUCGCGCGCGCUCCGAGAUUUCGUCUCGGUGUGCCUCCAAAAAGACCCGAAGAGGCGGCCGACGGCGGCGAAGCUUCUCGAGCACCGGUUCAUAAAAGAAGCGAAGAAGCCGGACUUCCUCGUGAAACACCUCCUCGAGGGGAUCCCCGCGCUCGGCGAGCGGACCGCGGAGCUCAACGCCAGGGAGAAGGCUCGCCAGGCGGAACGCGCCGCCGCUGUCGCCGCGGGCAACCUCAAGGGCGCCGCCGCGACGGACGCGGCGGCGGAGAAGAAGUCGCAGGCGGAGUACCUCAAGGGCGUGACGUCGUGGAACUUCAACAUGGACGAGAUCCGCGCGGAGGCUGCG